AUGGAGGCCAUGCAGUCGGCCCUUCGGGACGUGUUCCGGUCUGAACGUCUCGUCUACCGCAGCAUCAAGACCGACAACACAGCCCAUAACGACUUCAUAUUCAAGAACUUCUUCCAGAACCAAGUCAACUUCGGGCUGGCAUCAUUAAUGAUGUUGAAGCCCGCGUGCCGGAAGACAUACAACGAAAGCAUAGAAAACAGGCUGUCUGACCAACUGCUCGCCGUACUCAUCUGUCUGUCCCCUGAAAAGGGCGCAGCAGCAUCGGCCGACCAGGAAUUCGAAGAUAAAAUUUCGACGACGGUAAAGCAGGAGGAGGACAGGACGCCCAUGAAUAAGGACGCAGAGGAACCCGAACCCAUCCCUAUAGGCAUGAUUCACCUAUCCAAGCUGGGCUACAACAUGGACUCAGCCACAUCCUGGAGAAGAACCGAAAUUGAAAUUCAGAUCUCCGAUGAGUACCAGAACAAGGGGUACGGCCGGGGGGCCAUUAAUUUGGCGCUGGACUGGGCCUUCGCAUGGGCUGGUAUGCACGGGGUUUCCAUCAGCACCAUUUCGUUCAAUGAGAGGGCGAGGGCGCUGUACGAGAGCAUUGGGUUCAAGGUCGAGGGACGGGCGCGCGAGGUGUGCUAUUUGAAUAGGCAGUGGCAUAAUAUGAUCAAUAGGGGGAUGCUUGAGUCGGAGUGGGAGGCUUUAAGGGCGAAGAAAGCAGACACGCGUGCAGGACAACAGUUCUCGAAGAAUAUCACAGCUCCAAAAUAA